CCAUUCUCUGUCUGUCGGUCUGUCUGUGGCGGAAGUCUCGGUGAUCCCGCGCGUGUCACUUCCUUUCAGGCUGCGUGCUCUCAGCUGCGGUCUGUCUCCGGGGGAGCCGCCACCAUGCGCGUCGAGAAGUGUUACUUCUGCUCGGCCCCCAUCUACCCGGGCCACGGCAUGAUGUUCGUAAGGAAUGACAGCAAGGUGAGGGCCGGACCGGAGACCCCCGAUAUCGGACCGGGGCUCCCUGAUACCGGGCGGGGGGGGGAGGACCGGGGCUCCCUGAUACUGGGCCUCCCUGAUACCGGGCGGGGAGCACAGGGCCCCUUAAUACCGGCGGGGGAGGAGCGGAGACAGGCCCCGAUACCGGGCGGGGAGCACAGGGCCCCGAUACCGGGCAGGGGAGCACAGGCCCCCCGAGCACAGGGCCCCGAUACCGGGCGGGGGGAGCACAGGGCCCCCCGAUACCGGGCGGGGGGAGCACAGGGCCCCCCGAUACCGGGCGGGGGCCGGGGCCCCGAUACCGGGGGGGAGCACAGGGCCCCCGAUACCGGGCGGGGGGAGCACAGGGCCCCCCGAUACCGAUGGGGGAGCACAGGGCCCCCCGAUACCGGGCGGGGGCCUGGGGGGGGAUAUACAUAGAGGAACACACAGGGCGGGGAUAGAAAGACCGCUAUUUAUUGAUAAUGUUAUAGGUAACACAGCUCGUAUUAUCCAUACUCUAUUAUAGUGCUAGCCGUAGACACCAGUCCCUGAGCAUCAUGGGAAAUGCAGUCCAAACCUUCUGGUGUGCCAACUGCUAGUUAUACUUGCUCUAUAGAUAAAACCUGAUUGAGUAUCCAUGGAAGUCUCUCUCUAUAUAAUUAUAAAGCGCCAACAAAUUUUAUAUUUGUAUAUAAGGGGAAAGCUUUUAUUGUGGUUAAUUCACUUAAUUGUAAUCUUGGAAAGGUAAAGCAAAUGAUUUGAAACAAUUCUCCAACUCAUCUUUUGUCAGAACUUGUCAAAUUUAGCCUACAAAUGCUGCCAUUCGAAUUUCAGUUCACUACAAUUUGGAGUUCAGAUUAUAAACCCCCUGUCUGUGUCUAUGGCAUUUCAACAAGCAGUUGAGACAUGUCUGGGAAAAUAUAACACACCAGUGAGUGCAAUACAGCAAGUUGUGGCAAAAGUUGUGCCUUCAUAACUUACAUUUGCGGAGGAACGAAGCUUCUUGGUACAGGAAAAACAACAAAGUUGAUGGCUAGAAAUGUCUGUGAGAAGAUGUAUGCACAACCACCCUCCUUUAAAGGCACAGUAUAAGCCAGGUCUUGACAAACAUGCUUAGAAUAUAGGAGCCAUCAAAACAGUUAGGAGUCACCAUAAUCAUUACAGCUUAAUGUAGUUGUUCUGGUAUCUAUAACCUGUCCCUGGAUGCUUUUCAAUGAAAACACAGCCUUUUCAGAGAAUAGGCAGUGUUUACAUUGCUGCCUAGUAGCACUUAUAGUGACAGUCACUCAGACAGCCUUUAGAGGUACAUCCUAUGUUCAACAUCUCCACUCUCUGCAUGGAAACGCUUAAUGCUCUACAUAGAGAUGAAUUAAUUCAAUGCAUCUCAAUGAGGAGAUGCUGGUUGGCGAAGCACAGCGUUUUGCCACACAUGCGCAAUAGCCUCCCAAUGCUUUCAUAUGGGAGAGCUUUGGAUUGGCAGAAAUCAUAAAAAAAGUGAUUCUCAGCCACGGAGACAGGAUCGCCUGCGGUGAGACCGGCACGGCGUGGGGAAAAUGGUGAGUAAGCGCCUUACCCAAGUCUUUGGAGGGGGGUGGUCACAUGAUUUGACACACACUGACAGGCAUAUUUAAUGCUGCUAAUGGUUGCAGUAUGGAUUUACACUUAUCAAUAGGUUAGUGUGUGUGUGUAUAUCAAAUAUUUGGCUAAAAAUAUCUCUUAUUAAAAUUCCAUGUUUAGAAUGUUUUUUAAAUUUUAAAUUCCUAUGUUCCCGUUUCAGUUCUGCAUGCAUGAUGUCCUAAUUUUUAUCUUGAAUGUUUUGAUUUAACUUAUUUUGGAUGAUUGCAAUGUCUUGUUAGAUGUUCCGAUUCUGCCGGUCAAAAUGCCACAAGAAUUUCAAGAAGAAGCGCAACCCCAGAAAGGUCAGAUGGACCAAAGCCUUUAGAAAGUCAGCUGGCAAAGAGUUGACUGUGGUGAGUAUAAGCAACAUUAUAACAUUAAAAAUAAACAUUUAUUUUUAUUAUUUCUUAGUAGUUUUAGACUAUGAGCCCCCUCCCCCAAAUCAAAUAUAAAAUGCAGUAUGUACUCAUUUUUAUCAAAUGCUAGGCAGUCUCUGUUCCACAGCUGCUUCUUCUCUUCUAGAGAUCUCUAGUUCAGUACAAUGGUUUGUACUACAUGUCAUGUGUGGAAACCACCACACCAAAACAAAUUGAUACAUUCCCAGAGUUCUGCAGCAUCAUGCUGAGUGUAAAGACUUAGUCUUCACUAGGAAGUAUCUGUAUUGUCUGUCACUCUGGCAGCUACUACUAGCAUGGUUAUGGCAAAAUGUUAACAUUGCUGUUUCUCUGCAGAUGCCCAGUUCACACAUUGCCUGGUUCGCUGCUUAGUUCCAUGCAAAGUGCCUUUUGUGUGAAAUGGCACAGUUACAUUUUAAAGUCCCCAUUCAUGCUAGUGUAUGUCACUUGGACAUCUGCUAGGGAUAACAGAUGACAAAUUUGGUUAUGAAAUCUAUAUGACGUCGGGUGUCUGCAAGCAAAGUAUGCAUAUACUGGACAUUGUAUAUCCACAUAGAGAAGCACUGUAUUGGUGGAAAAUUGAUAUUGCCAUGCAUGCACCAUGUGUCUUCACUGUUUCAUUAUAAGUAGCAUCUGAUUGAACAGAAGUCAUCAGUAUUGAUGACUUCACAGGAGUAGGAUUGCCGCAGUGAGGAGACUGUUCUUAAACUGAAAUGAAGGUAAGUUUAAUGGCUUUUAAAAAAAUAUUCUAAAUCUAAGGGGCACGUCUAAUUAAAGGGUUACUCCAAGCACCACAACCACUUCUUUGAUUUGAAGUGGUCAUGGUGUCUAGAGUCUGUAUGUGCAGAUUUUCUUUUUGAAAUGCUGCACAUACAGAGAUUAAACCCUUAGCCUUUAGUUGCCAGAGGUGUAACUCCACCUCCGCCAGCAUCAUGAGCCAGCCCAGAACGUAGUUCCAGGCUGGCUAAUGUCAGUUCUGUGUAAAUUUCACAAAGAAAUAAUAGGAACUGCACUCAAUCCACAUAAGCCAAAUGAGUGCUUAACUAGACCAUGGGCCAGCCCCGCAAUAUAUAGAUACCAACUGAAGAUUCAGGCACUCCAAUGCUUUAUAGGCACAAUGAUUGGAAUCAGGAAAACACUGCAACGUUUCCACCCACAAAUGGGUUUUUGUCAAGCUACUUCACACUAGAAAAUACAAACAUUUUAUAAGCAGUGCAAUAAUACAAUCAACAAAUUAGUGGGUAAGAUAAUUACAUUUGUAAAUCUGUGUGAAUUGGCAUCUUACAGCCACUUGCCACUUUCCUUGCUACUUCUGUCCUCCCUCCGGCGACGGGGAGUGACGUCCGUCAACAAGAAACCAAAAUAAGUAUUUUAUUACACUAGUUUUUGCUUGCAGUAGCACUUUAAAAACACAUUGUACAAUUGAACACAAAUGUUCUGUCAUAUAAUCUAGUAAGAGAAUUAAUAGUACGUUUCUAAGCAUUAUGAAAAGUAUAGAAACACAUUUUUCUUGUAUGAAUGAAUGUAUUUUAUUCUUAGAAUUGGAAAUAUGAGCUCAUAGCCAUUCAGCUUCCAUACAGGUUUCAGUGCAAUGUUGAUAAUAUUCUACUCUCACAAAUGCAACUAUAUUGUAUUCUCUCUCUUUGUUGGAAACAGGACAAUGCUUUUGAAUUUGAGAAAAGAAGAAAUGAACCUGUUAAAUACCAGAGGGAGUUGUGGAGCAAGACAGGUAAACUUUUUACAUUAUAAAUGCAUUAUGUAUAACACGUUAUUGUAAUUGAAGUGCGGUUACAACUCUCUCAUAUCUGGUCAUGCAACAAACUUUGCCUCACUAAGCACUUAAACACCUCAGCUCUCUAUAAUGUGUUUUUCAUGAAAUGCUUAGAUGUAGAUGUUAUUGUUGUGUGCUGCCACACUUGUUGGAAUAUGGGGUUGCAGUUUGCAUUUACUAUAUUUACUCUCAUAUUUUUCAAUAUAUGGGCAGAUAAAGCUGGACUGGAUUUUAUCAAGUCAUGUUAAGAGAGUGGCUUCAGCUUGUGAUACACAAAUGUGAUGCUGAAUCAAAAAUGAUGUCCCUUAUGGAUCUGAAGAUCUCCCCUGACACACAUCUGCCUGGAAUAUCUCCACGUGCAUUAAAAUUUAAAUGAUACCAUUGAUUAGGCUUGUCAUCCCAUGCGCAUUGGGCAUCUAAUGCUUGGAGAGCUCCCUUAACUCGCAUUCAAGCUUCUUGUAGUUAAACAGAAUUUAUCGUACUGGAGUCACUAAAGGUGGACUUAACCCUGCACUGUAAACAUUGCAGUUUUUCAAAUGUGUAUGUCAAUGUUUUACAUAGCAGAGUUAAGAGGACAGGAACACUGCACCGAGACCACUUUAUUAAUGUGACUGUAGUGUUUCUUCAAUUACAAAAGUUCAUUUGGGCUAAAUUGCACUCAAGUGUUUCACAUUAUGUGCUAUUUUGACCCGCUUAGCUUGAUGCUUCAUAGAUGUUAUAGCAGGCAUUACCAUUUUAGCAUUGUACUUCACUGUAGUUAAAGGUAUAUUCUAACCACAAUAAUAGCCUAUGCUUAUUGGCAAUAUUGUCCUCAUCUCAUUUCCUGCACACAGUUGCUUGUUACUGUAGGGAUCUGCAAAAUUUGCUGCAACAAUAAAACCUUCCUGUUUCCCACAGACUUCAGAGAAGUAAUUUAUACUUCCUUGUUGCUAAAAAAAAAUCCCUAACUCACCCAGUGGCUCUCAAAUUCCAAGAUGCAACUGUGUUUAUGCAGUUUAGAUAAUGUGUUAAAAUGGAUGCCACUUGCAAUCUCCAUUUAAGCCUUCAUAGGCAAUACUUGAAUCCCUCUGAGAUUGGAAAAAGGUUUAUGGUGGAGCUCUGCUUUUUGUCAACCUCAGCCUUGUCCAUAAGACAAAGUAGUCACUGUUUUAUCUUAUGGAUUGAGUGACAUUCCAAUGCAGUCUUGAUCAGAAUUUCAUAAAGAAUAUAUCUUUGAGAAAUGCUGUAAAAUGACAGAUAUGUUAUAACGCUUGGAUGCUGUGGCAGCUUUCAUUUAAAUAAACAAACUGCAUUCUUUCCAUUCUUUGAACUGCUUAUAAUGCAUUCUAUUUAAAUGUAUAGCUCAGGGAUAGGCAACCUUCGCCACUCCAGAUGUUGUGGACUACGUCCCCCAUAAUGCUCUAAAACACAUGUUUGUGCUGGCAAAGCAUCAUGUGAGGUGUAGUCCAAAACAUCUUCAAUGCCGAAGUUUGCUUAUGCUGGAUAUAGCUGGUUUAUAUAUCAAUAGGACUAAAAUAAAAUUGCCUGGCUAUUUUUAACCCUUUCUUCAUUUAUAUAUCUGCCUGUUUCCUUUAUGUGCCUCUAUAUUGUGCGCUUGGAUUUUAAUUCCUACAAGUAUAGUUGAGUGGUAAUUGAUGGUCUUUUGAUUUGAAGUUGCUGUAAUCAGCUGUCAGUAUUUUCCCGGCCAUUCAUAAUAGAGCUUUGUUUUGUGCAAUGCAUUAGUAUACAGAUGAUGCCUAUUUGCAGUAACAUGAUUGUUUCCUUGAAUUGUUUGCAGUUGAGGCAAUGAAGAGAGUGGAAGAGAUUAAACGGAAGCGACAGGCUCGGUUUAUCGUGAACAGGUGAGUGCAUCUGAUUAUUUCUUUUAUGCACAUCAGAGUUUUGAAACGCUGACCUUUUCAAAUAGAGAUUAAUACUCUUCAAAAAUUAUCUUGUAGACUGAAAAAGGGUAAAGAGCUGCAGAAAGCACAGGACAUCAAAGAAGUCAAACAAAAUAUCCACCUCAUUCGUGCUCCUCAUGCAGGUAAGUUGAUUUUUUUUUUAAAUUUUUUUUAUAGUUAUUAAAUCCAGUAACCAUCUGGCAUGGCAAUGGUGUCUCUGCUUCUGAUGCUAAAUCAGAAUACAGACAAUAAGAUUGAUCAUAAAUUUGCAUGAGCACUUAGAGUAAAAGGCUAUGUAUUCUGUCGCACAAAUUAAAAAAUUAAACAAUGAGUCCAUGGAAGAUUUUGCAUGAUAUGAUAGACCAUGUGCAAGUACAUGAAGAUACAGUAGGCAUCUAUUAGUCAGAAAUCAAUUAGUAUUCUGCUUUCAUCAUGUUUUAUUAUUGCCAAAGCCAUGUAAGGUAAUGCUGUCCCUACUUUCUUAUGUUUGUCUCUUAUUUUGGGGUUGGAAUUUCAAUUUAAUUCAAACACACUCUAUACUGGCAACUUUUUUUAUAUAUAUAUAAAGGUUCUGAUGUAAAAAUGUCACCAUUAAAAAUACAUGCAUUAAACUUGAAAUAAUUUGCCAUACGUUUUUCUAGCUAUAUAUAACACAACUUCUGUAGUACACCGCAAAGUGAUGUGGCACAUUAGUCGACUCAUAUUUGAUUGACAUUACACUUGCAAGGCAGAUUUCAAAGCUUUCUUGUACUUAUGCGUGCACAUGCAUCAAAUGAAAUUUGUGAACGCUUUCCCAGUUAUACUUCACAUUUGGUAUACUUUAAUUUCACUAAUCCAGGUUAGAGAUCCGUAUUAAACUUUUAAACAUACUUAUUGGGGGAGUGUAAAUCGUACAAGCCAGUUAAUCACAACCUGUCAGUCCCAGCCUAUCGUUAAGUUUUAUUUAUUUUUAUUUCUAGGAAAGGCAAAGAAGUUGGAAGACAAAAUGGUUCAGAGAUUGCAGAAGGAUGUGGAUAUGGAAGACGAUGCCUGAGCGCAUAUGUUGCUUGGCAGUGCUUGCCUUUGUGUCAUAUUCUGGUGCUUUAUGGAAACCUUUUAAGCAGCACUUGGAACUGUAUUCUGAAUUCAUGUCCUUACGUUUUUGGAAAGGAUAUAACGAAAGUAAAAACUUGUACACAGUCAGCCUAUGUUUAUUUUUCUGUAGAAAGUCUGAGAAAUAAAAAUUUUUUUUGUUGUUGUCUUAAAUUGUGUACAUUUUUUUGUUUUGUUUUUUCAAUAGCUGAGAAAUUCUUUUAGUGGGUCUAGUCUGUAUGAGAGGUGUGAUGUUUACUGUAGCAGUAGCAGCACAGUCUUUCUAAGUGCAACUCUAGGAAGCAUGUAAUAUGCACUUUUGUUUUUGUUGCAGAAAAGUAUUUAGAUUCCCACCCCUCCAAUGACCUACUGAAUGCUAAGCAGAUUUAGUAGUGCAUUGUGCACCACACCACAAAGUAAAUACAAGUUCUGUUCUGAUCCGUUAUCAUGAGACCUGUGAUAGGAUAUCAUAUACAGUUCUUAAAAAGGUUUACAUUGUCCAAGUGGAUCUGAACAAUGCCCACAAAAUAAAAAUGUAUAAAACCAUUUUUUAGGAAGACUUCCUUCACAGUGUUUAAAGAAAAUCUUAAUGUUCAAGGUGGUAGGCCACCAAAAAAGGAGCUCUGUUUUCGGCAAAGCAUUGGUGGUCUGUAUGCACCCAGACCACUUCAGCUCAUUGAGGUGGUCUGGGUGCUGUGUCCCUUCUGCAGCACUAAGCCUAGCAGACAGCCACUGGAGGCCCUUCCAGAAUCGUAACAGACUUUUGGUCCGUUAUCUGAUGCUGGACGUCCCCACGCUCUGCAUAAGGACCUCCAGCGUCAGAUUUUUCCCCCCAUAGGAAAACAUUUGCUGCGCAUUAGACGCUGGACGGAAGAGGGGGAAGAACUUUGACCCAUCGCCGAGGGACAUCUGUGUUGGGAUAAGGUAAGUAAAGGAUUUUUAAGCCUUUAUUUACUGGGGAGGCGGAGGGAUCUGUAGUGCCAGGAAUACAGCUUUGCCUACAGUAUCCCUUUAAUGUUAGCACUUGGGGGAAUAAACAUUUUCCAUACACACACACUGAUACAAGACGACAAACAAUAUAUUGGUGUCUUUACGGAGGUUCUGAAGAGUUUUCAUUGAGUGGCCAGUGGAGUUAUCCCUAGGCUGUAAUGUAAACACUGCAUUUUUUUUCUGAAAAGACAGUGUUUACUGAAAAAAGCCUGAAGAGAAUGAUUCUACUCACCAGAACAAACAGUAUAAGCUGUAGUUGUUCUGGUGACUAUAGUGUCUCUUUAUUGCUCAUAGUAAACAAGAGAUAAAGCAAAAUUAAGUCAUCAGAGUAAUUUUUAUGGUGCAAUGUCUCCUUUAAUGCUCAUUCAUUGAUAUGCAGCCUGCUGAAAUUUUCAUGAUGUGCUGGUUAAUUAUAGUUUGCUGCUUCUUGCCAAUUUCGCAGGCUGGGUAUCAUUUUACGAGAUAAUUUAGAAUGAAAAUAUAUUCCGCAGUGGUAUCUCAGCAUGUUCCCCGACUAUAUAGGUUAUGCUAAUACUAAAUUAAGUAUUUUUCAUAUUUCUUUAAAUUUCCAAAUCUGUGGGAGUUUUUUCAAUUCUCAGUGAUGUUCUGUUGGUUACAAGUGUUAUCAAUUACAAGUGCUUUGCAUAUGAGUCGGC